AUAAUAAUUAUAAAUAAUUAUAUAAAUGAACGCAGGAUCAAAUUUGGGAAGGUUGAGUUACUCAGCCCACAUGCUAUUCUAUCCAACUGCAUUUGUGCUUUACCAAUAUGUUUAUAAGCCAUAUUCAGCAUGUAAGAAUAAUAAAGCUAAGAAGGAAGAGUGGGAAGCUCUCCCAAAGGCAAGGAAAGUAGAUGCUGAUAUUUUCAACCCAUUCACUCCUAUUCCUUUCCACAAUAAUAGAGAGCUUAAAUAUGCUUAUGCUCAUAUUAAUAUGCUAGAUUAUGUAAAUGAGAACCACGUUAACGUGAAGGAUUAUCCAUACAAGCAGUACCAUAACUCUUAUGCUGAGGAUAACGAGUAUUUGUACAACUGGACCUCGACCAGCUCCUAUAACCAUUAAAUCUAUUCAAUGGGUAAUAAAUCAACA